AUGACUUCCCGCGAAGCCCUCCGUGAGAGAAUAAUACCCUACAUGACCCUCUGCCCACCAACAUCGACCGUGACCUCAACCCCCCAGCUUCCAUCGUCGUCCUACCCCGCGCCCCGCGACACCGCGGCCGGCCGCUUCGCCGUAUCGGGCGUAGCCGUCGUGACGGGCGGAACGGGCAACAUAGCGAGCGUAUGCUCUCGCGCGCUGGUGCAGCACGGCAUCUCCGCCCUCAUGCUGCUGGACAUUGGCAUAUCCAGCGAGGCAUCCCAGUCCACCCUAUUUUCCCUGAGAGCCGAUUUUCCCGAUACGCGCAUCGAGGCGCGUGAAUGCAACGUCACUUCUGAGGAGGAUGUCGAGGCCGCCGUGGCGCACACGGUCCAGCUUCUGGGCGGUGUGGAUGCCCUGAUCUGCUUUGCCGGUGUCGUCCAGGUCGGUCACGCCCUGGACAUGUCCGCCGCAGAGUUCAGACGCGUGAUAGAGGUCAACACCACGGGAUCCUUUCUGGUCUCACGCGCCUGUGCGAACCAAAUGGUCCGUCAGGGCAGAGGCGGCAGAAUAGUCCUCACGUCCAGCAUCUCCGCUCACAGGGUCAACUUCCCCCAGCCCCAGGUGGCGUACAAUACCAGCAAGGCUGCCCUUGCCGGCGUGAGGAUGAGUCUGGCUGCUGAGUGGGCCAGAUACGGCAUCACCGUUAACUCCAUCAGCCCCGGAUACAUGGAUACUGUGCUCAACGAGGGUGAUGGUCUCGCUGAUGCGAGGCAUUCUUGGUGUAGUAGAAAUCCCAUGGGGAGGAUUGGUCUGCCCGAGGAGUUGGCCGGUGUCGUGGUUAUGCUCGUCAGUCGGGCCGGGUCUUACAUCAAUGGGGCUGAUAUCGUUGUUGACGGGGGUGGAAUUGUGUUUUGA